AUGUUAAACCAAGAAUAAGCCUAAAAAUUUAAUAAGUUAAGCACAACUAAACCCUUUAAUAAAAUUGGUAAUAAUUAAUGCAACCCUGAAAGUCCAGGGAGCUUUAAUGGUUCUAAAUAAGAUUAAGUUAAAAGAUCUUCUUGUUAAAACUUAUACAAGGAUCUGCAAGUUGCAGCCAACCAAGAAUCUUACUUAGAAUAAUAGCAACUUAAUCAAUAAAAAUAAAAUAAAAAUAAAAAAUAGUCUCAAGACUCAUUUUAGUCCUCAAAAAGUUAGUAAUCGAAAGCAAGAAAUAAAAGUAAAAGUAAAAAGAUUGUACUGAGUCAAUAAACUCUUUCUGAGAAAAGCAAUCAUUCUCAAAAAAGUAAUACUAAUAAAAGUUUAGAACAAGGCAAAAAGGCAUUACAGUAAAUUGAACAAAGGCAAAAGAAAAACAUUUAAAAAAAUAUAAGUAAAGAGUAAGAUUUAAUGAAUAUAUAUGACAUGCAAAUAGUAAAGUCAAGCAUCCCCAACAUCAAAUACUCUUAUAUCUAUGAGAAAAAGAAUGAAAUUGAUGAGAAUAUCGUUUGUGAUGUAUGCCUUGAUGACAUAGUUGAAGAUGGAGUUGAUUCCCUUGUAAUUUGUGAUUUAUGCAACUCAGCAACACAUUAGUCUUGCUAUGGUAAUGAAAUUCUUAAAAAUUACCCUCAAAGCAAUUAAUGGUUUUGUCGAAGAUGCACUUGCUUGCUUUCUAAUACCUAACUUACAGUUAUUGAUAUUAAAUGCCAUUUUUGCAAUUAAUUGAAGGGAAUGCUGAUGUUUUGCUAGAAGAAUAAUAUUUGGGCUCAUUAUACCUGCGUUAAUUGGAUACCUGAUGUCUGGUUUACCAACGAAUUUAAAAAUGAGAUAGAUGGGAAAAUUAAUAAUUCUGAGAGAACCAAAUUAUUUUGUUGUGUUUGUAGAAAAAAGAAUACUGGCAGCUGUAUUUAAUGUGAUUAUAAGGAUUGCAAGCAAGCUUUUCAUCGAGAGAAUGGGGAAUCAAUUGAGUGUUUUGUCUUUUGUGAAAAGCACAAUGAAAUUGGUAACAGAGAUUUAAAGAGAAAUGGAAAGGAUGCACUUAAAAUGGCUUCAUAAAAAGCUCAGAUUGAGAGUAAACUUGAGAAAUUUUCGAAGUUAUUUUAUUAAAGUAAACGUAGAAAAGUUGAUACAGAUGUUACUGCCUCUUAAUUAGUGGAUCUCAUAAAUAUUUGUGAUAAUGAAGAUGAUGAGGAGUUUUAUGAUGCUAAUAAUAAUGAUUAUGAAUUAAGUGAAGUAUUUAAAUAAGUGAAAUCUGAUAAAAAUAUAAGAAGAUCUAAAAAUAAUCAAAAGAAUAAGCGAUUCACCAAAAUUUAGAGUAAAAGCAAGAAAAAGAGUGAUUUGGUCGUUUAAAAUUAUUAAAAUGUUGAAAGUUAGGAUAUGUAAAAUCAGCAAUAGUAAUUAAUGAUUAUGAUGUAGCAAAUGAUGCCCUUGUUGAUGAAUAACUAACUCUAAAAUAACCCUCAGAAUUAUAAUCCAAUGAUAAAUCAGAUUUAGAGUUAGAAUAAUUUUAAUCAGAAUUAAAGAAGUAAUUAUACUCAAAAAUAAGGUUACAGUAAUGCGCAUUUUCCUCAAUGGAAUGUAUAAAAUUAGAAUUAAACUUUGAAUAUUCCUAACUUCUAAGAUAGACUAAUGUUUGGAACAAACUUUGAUACACCCUCUAAAAUUUCAUAAAAUAAGGCAAAAAAAUCAAAAUAAUAACACUCAACAUAAAAAUAAAAAAAAGUGAUUGAAGUCAAUGAACCCCCUGCAGCACCUAUAAUAAUACCUUAAAUACCAGGACAGUCAAAACUCAACGAGUUUUUUUCUUAGAAGGAGACGGCUUCCAAAUAAAAUUUUCAAAAUCAGAAACCAAAAACAAGAUCAAGAAUACCUGUAGGAAGAAAAAACGAUAAGGAUUAAGGAGAGAUUGUAUAUGAGGUAGAAAAAGAAUUUUCAGAAUUGAUUGGGCUUAAGAAAUAAUACGGAACUCGAAAAUAAAUCUAGGACUGCUUCAUAGAGUUUGCUAUAUCUGCUAACAUGAUAAACCCCAACACAUGUGAGUAUAUGAUAAGUUAAUGCCCAAUUCUUUAUUAGAGAAUGUAAGUUGAAAAGGUUGUUGCGUCAGAUAUAUUCAAGUAUCUAAAGCUAUAUUUGAAGUAGACAGAUGCAGAUCAAUGA